UGUGCAAAAUUAUUCAGUUAACUGUUGCGGGUUGGUUGAGACAAACAAGCCCAUCUUGAUCGCAAAGUGUCGAGGAGUAAACCUAGUGCAAAAUGAAAUCCAUGCUCAUUUUUGGCCUUGUGGCUAUGUGCGUGCUGGUGGCCAGUGCCAGUGAGGAGGCGCCCAAGAAGGCCGUCGAGGCCGCGGAGCCCGCUGAGAAGAAGCAGGAGAAACGCGGCAUUGGCCACGGCCUGGGUUACGGCUACGGACCAUCUGCCGGCGGAGCUAUCCUCGGAUCCGGCAUCGGAGUUGCCCACGCCGCCAUCGCCGCCCCCAUCGCCCACCCAGUCGCUGAACUGCCCACUCAGGUGCACACCAACACCGUGAUCAAGACCGUGCAGGUGCCCUACCAGGUGGAGCGUCAUGUGCCUUACCCCGUCGAGAAGACCGUUACUUACCCCGUUAAGGUGCCUGUGCCCCAGCCCUACCCCGUGGAGAAGAUCGUCCAUGUUCCCGUGAAGGAGAUCGUGAAGGUGCCCGUUGAGGUUCCCCAGCCCUACCCCGUGGAGAAGAUCGUCAGGAUCCCCGUCAAGAUCCCCGUCGACCGUCCCUACACCGUCCAUGUUGAGAAGCCCUACCCCGUGCCCGUCGAGAAGCCAGUGCCCUACACCGUUGAGAAGCGCGUGAUCCACAAGGUGCCCGUCCAUGUUGAGCGCCCAGUGCCCUACAAGGUAGCCGUGCCAGUGCCCGUCCACGUUGAGAGCCACGUGAAGCCCGCUGUGGCUGUCACCCACACCGUCGCUGCCCCGGCUCCAGCCAUCAUUAGCCACGGACUCUCCGGCCACGGCAUCUCCUCGUACGGUAUCUCCGGACACGGAAUCUCCGGACACGGCAUCUCCUCCUAUGGCAUCUCCGGCCAUGGUGGCUACCUCCACAAAAAGUAAAUCAAAUCGUAUCGCUGUCGAGGGCCGAUCGAGAAGUGUAUCGAGGGUGAAGGCGAGCGCAUUAACGAGUCGAAAGUAUCAAAAAAGAACCCACCCCACCCACGACCUUAUCCACGUCCAGCAACUGCCAACGUACGACUUAAAAAAUUUAGUUUUUAGUUUGUGAUACCAACCGAAAUUCUGGGGGGAUACGAGGCAGGAGAAGAACAUGAGUGUGGCCACCGUGGAUUUGGGUUAAAAUUAAUCAAGAAAGCUUGCCAGCACCCAUACACCCACGGCGCCCCAAAAAUGCCUGUCUCCGUGCUUUCGCAUCCGCCAUGUGUACAGUUCUUUUGUAGACAAUCACUGAGAAACAAAUGCUGACGAGUUGCUCCUUCGACUUUUUCAUGUCAACUUCUUUUCUAUGAAAUGUUUGUACAUAUUUAAAUAAUGUAAAUAAAAAGAAAAUGAUGUAAAAA